UAUAUCCGGGACAAUACCACCCGAGAUAGGACACCUCACAAACGUUACGGUUCUUUACCUGGGGAUCAAUCAAUUCAUCGGAAGCCUCCCAGAUACACUCGGAAAUCUUUCAAGGAAAAUGAUUUCAGUGGCCCAAUCCCUGAAGCUUUAGGAUACUGCAAAAAUUUAGCAAUGUUGAACCUCUCAUGGAACAGCCUUGAUGGUCGCAUACCAAAGAAGCUUUUUACUCUUUCCUCCCUUUCUAUAGGCAUGGACUUGUCCCACAACCGACUCUCUGGACAAAUACCACUUGAGAUUGGUGGCUUGAUCAAUCUUGGUCUCCUCAGUAUCUCCAAUAACCAGUUGUCUGGACAAAUUCCCUCCACUCUAGGCCAGUGUGUCCACUUGGAGUCCCUCCACAUGGAAGGGAACCUUCUUGAAGGGAAAAUCCCAAAAUCUUUUUCUGACAUGAGAGGCAUUAUCGAGCUAGAUCUGUCUCGAAAUAAUCUAUCAGGGGAAAUACCUGAAAGGUUCGAGUCCUUCAGCUCCUUGAACCUUCUCAAUCUGUCCUUCAACAACCUCGAAGGUCCAGUACCCACUGGUGGGAUAUUUCAGAAUAAAAGCAUGGUGUACAUUCAGGGGAACAAGAAGCUAUGUGGGAGCAGUCCGUUGCUAAAACUGCCACUUUGUGAUGCUAAGACCUCCAGAAAGAACCAUACUGCCAAAAUUCUGAAGGUACUAGGAUUGAGUGCUCUUUCUUUGCUCCUGUUAUCAUGCUUAGCUAUCAUCCUAUUGAAGAAGAAGAAAGUCGAACGAGCAGCUCAACCAUCCUUCAAGGAACUGAAAAAGUUGUCAUAUGCUGAUAUAGUCAAAGCAACAAAUGGUUUCUCCUCAUCCAACUUGGUUGGUUCAGGAAAAUCUGGAUCAGUUUACAGAGCUAGAUUUGAGUUUGAAGAACGUACAGUUGCCGUCAAGGUUUUCAAACUCGAUCAACUAGGCGCGCCAAAGAGCUUCCUUGCAGAGUGUGAGGCAUUGAGGAACACUCGUCACCGUAAUCUUGUAAGGGUUAUUACUGCAUGCUCAACAAUUGAUUCAUCAGGACAUCAGUUCAAAGCUCUUAUUCUUGAAUAUAUGCCUAAUGGUAGCCUAGAGAGCUGGCUCUAUCCUACGAAACUAAACAAGCACGGACUGAAAAGCCCAUUGAGUUUGGGCUCCAGGAUAACGAUAGCAAUGGAUAUAGCUUCUGCUUUGGAUUAUCUACACAACAGUUGUGUGCCUUCUGUGGCCCACUGUGAUUUGAAGCCCAGCAAUGUCCUUCUUGAUGAUGUCAUGGGUGCACGUCUUGCUGACUUCGGGUUAGCUAAGUUUCUUCACAGUUUCAGUCAUUCAUGCCAUCAAAGUUCUACAAGCUUACUGGGACCAAGAGGAUCAAUAGGAUAUAUUGCGCCAGAGUACGGCUUCGGGAGCAAACUCUCAACUGAAGGCGAUGUCUACAGCUAUGGAAUUAUCAUCUUAGAAAUGCUCACAGGGAAGCGUCCAACAGAUGAGAUGUUUACUGAUGGUUUGAACCUUCACAAAUUUGUGGAAAAAGCAUUUCCUCAAAAGAUUACUGAAGUUCUAGAUCCUUGCAUCGUUCCAAGUUCUGAAGAUGGUGAUGUGCACGACAAUUUGAAACAUGGAAAUAAUGCAACAAAUGGCGUGAAGAGCUGCAUUGUGCAUCUUGUUAAACUCGGUCUCUCGUGCUCUACGGAGACACCAAAAGAUCGACCAACAAUGCAGGAUGUUUAUGCUGAAGUCAUCACAAUCAAAGAAGCAUUUGCAGCGCUACACGGCUGAGUAAAAGGACUGUUGUUUCUGCUGUUCACAUAAUAGUAGAGCAUGAUGGCCUUUGCCUAAUUUGCUUGGUUUGUCU